AUGCUAAUUACGACCGCGCACGAAGCUGAUGAACACCUGGCAACAAUUUUGGAUGGAUCGACAAUCGGUUUCGACCUUGAGGGUGUCGACAUCCCCGGAGCGAAGCUUAGUCGUCAGCAGAAGAAGCUUCGUUUGCAGCAGUGGAUUCAGGAAGCACGCGACGGUCGAUUCGUCAUUGACUGGAGCGCUGUAACCAUUCGACUUGUGCAGAUUGCAACAGAAGAUGGAAGGGUACUCGUCCUUGACAUGCUCUCGAUUCGAGCUCUUCCUGUGCAUCUUGUUAGGAUCUGUGAAAGCACGGAAAUCAUCAAGGUCUCUGCUGGUAUCUUCAGUGACGGUCAACGACUCUAUGACUCGUUCCGUAUCAACCUCAACAGCGCUGUUGCUCUAGGACUUGUUGCCUGUCUCGCGUACCCAGACGACAUUUUACCUCAACAACCUUUUGCCGAUGAGCCCGGCCUGUCAACCAUCGUCCGAUUCUCUCUGUGUUACCAACUAAACAAGGUGAUGCAAGAUUCUCGCUGGGAUGGGCCGCUUUCAGAGGAACAGCAUGAUUAUGCCGCUGUUGACGCACAUGCUUCUCUUUCGGCAUACCUUGUCCUCCGGUCUUCGCUUGACACGUGUGGAUAUGUGGUAGACCGACAUUGGUACACCUUCGACGUUGUGAACCGGAGCCGACGUGUCUGUGGGCAGAACAACAAGUCUUGGACGGCUAAAUGCUCUUGGUGGUCAGACUCAGCAGAUGACGGAUAUAGGUUUAUUGAACGGCGGUAA